AAGACAGUGAGCUCAGAUGCCACUCAGAAAUAACACUCACACUGAAGUAGACAAAUCAGAUGCACAUUUACUCAGUAAUAACUGAUCAGUAAUGACACUGUGGUUUUUGUCAAAGCAUUCCCAGAAUGUAGAAUGUGUGUACUGGGACUUCAACAAAAACAAUGGCCACGGAGGAUGGGAUGGUGACGGCUGCACAAUGUACAACAGCACCUCUGAGUACACAACAUGUCUGUGUAAUCAUCUCACACACUUUGGUGUUCUUUUGGAUAUCUCCAGGACUGAGUUGGACCCACUUAACAAGCAGAUCCUGACCAUUAUUACCUACGUUGGCUGUGGAUUCUCUGCACUGUUCUUGGGGGUCACCGUGCUCACAUACAUAUCCUUUAAGAAGCUUCGUCGGGACUACCCAUCUCAGAUCCUCAUCAAUCUGUCCUUGGCCCUGUUGGGCUUGAACUUGGUGUUCCUGGUAAACUCCUGGUUUUCCUCCUGGGGUGUGUACAGCCUCUGUGUGGCUGUUGCAUGUGUGUUGCAUUACUUCCUCUUGGCUUCAUUCACCUGGAUGGGAUUAGAAGCAGUCAACAUGUACUUUGCCCUUAUAAAAGUCUUCAACAGCUACGUGCCUUCUUAUAUCUUCAAGUGCUGUUUUCUGGGAUGGGGAAUUCCUUUGGUGAUUUGUGUCCUGGUCCUCAUUGUGAACCGGGACGCCUAUGGCACUCAUCUCUAUGGAAAUGUCCAACUGAGCAUGAAGCUGCUGGACAACGAUGAGAAUUUCUGCUGGCUCCAGGAUAAUGUGACAUUCCACAUGACUGUGGUUGCAUAUGGUGCACUGGUCUUUCUGCUUAAUACUGUGGUUUUUGUGGUGGUUCUGAUACAACUUCGCCGCAUGCGGGUCAACAGCCCAGUUGGGAUUCGCAGUGGAUUACUGCACGACUUAAAAAGAACUGCCAGUCUCACCCUCUUAUUAGGCCUCACGUGGACCGUUGGAUUCUUUACCUGGACACCAGCCAGAAUGGUGCUGCUUUACUUGUUCUCUGGACUCAACACCCUGCAAGGACUUUUCAUCUUCUUCUUUCACUGUCUGAUGAAGGACAAUGUGAGAAAACAGUGGCGAAUUCACUUAUGCAUUGGGCGAUUUCGACUUGAAGAAUAUUCUGACUGGAGCAACUCGGGAUCUCUUGCAAUUUUGGCCAAAGCCCGAUCAAAUGUGCCAAAGGUAACCAUACCAUCAGUCCGCUCAGUGAAGUCCAGCUCCACAGCGAGCACAUCAGGCUCCUCUGACUCCAGUCAGAGAGAAUCAUCCUGUAGAAGACCUGAUCUUGGUCUCUUUAUGAAUGCCAUAGCUCUGCCUCGAGCUCAGAGAAGCUCUGAGAGGAACCUUGCACCUGGCUCGAGUGAUCGCUCAUUUGGCCAAUAUGGAGACAGAUAAAACAUCUGGCUGCAUGUCUCAUGUGCACUUGAAAAAUGCAUACAAUAAACCAAAUCAUAUUUGUGUAGUGCAGAGCUGAUAGACAAUUACUGUCGUUUCAUAAGAUGAUUUUAUGAAGCAUUUUUAUUCCAGCUAAAUAUUGUGAGAGAGCCUGUAAUUAUGAUGAUCCCAACGCUUGCAUCAGUUCCAAGGAGUUGGUUGCCAAGCAACUAGCAAAUGGAGCAAUGGCGACAAUGAACCAGGAUACCCCAUGGUAAAAAAAAAAAAAAAUUAAAAAAGUACAAAAUGAAAACAAGUCAAUUCUGUG